UACCUAAUGUCGUUAUCAUUGCGUUAUCGCUCGCCUGUGUGUGGCACAGUACAACGAAUCUACACCACAGAUACAUAAAUAGCAUCGUAUUGUGAAAAGAAUAAAAACGUUCGUUGAAUUUCGAGUACCACUACAAUGUCUUUUUAGCGUCGUAAUGCAAACCGUCACUUUCUUGCUUCGGUUUCCGCAUUGCAACGUAGGUAGCCGAUUGGAAAUUUUGUUAUUACAGCAUCGUCAAUCUGACAUUUGAUGGAGUCUGUCAAUUCGAGUUUCAGUGGCCUACUGACUCAAAUACGUUCCUGUUCUUCAAAAUGGGAAGAAAUAAGGAAAGAACGUGAUAUUUUGAAAUCAUCUCUACAGAAAGCCAACGAUAAGAUCGCAGAGCUCGAAACAACCGUAGCCAGAUACAAAGCGAAGGAUUUGGUGGUUGAAAGAGAGAGAUUACUUUUAUCUCGAGUGAUUAACACGCUGCAUGAAGAAUUAGUUAAGGAAGGCCCGAUAUCGAAAAAAAUUGAUGAAAUCGAAGAGGAUGUGUCGUGGUUGAGCAAAGCUGUCGAAAAAUCCAUCUCCGAUCUAGAUAAAAGAAAAUCUUCAAUAGAUUCGAAUAAUUCGUGCUGUAAAGUUUAUGAAAACGAGACACAGGUUAUUAACGGCGAAGAUGCUUUGAUUAAAAAUCAUAAAAAUAAAGAGCAAUCCGGUAUCGACGAUGUUGAUUUAUGCCCACUUCAUGUUACGGAUAAAAAUGUUGAGUUUCCUUCAGCGUGUUCUUAUGAUAGAUCAAAACCUUCAAUAUUACAACAAACAUUAACGCAACCUGUGUUAAACGAAGGUGUAAAUUUACUCGAGUUUACAAAUUUGUUCACGUUUUACUCCACCUUGUUUUCUAUUUCGGAAAAUUCGCAGAGCAAGAUUGUUCCAACGAACAAUGGGACGCUGGAAAAAAAUGAUUGUAGACUAUUUUUGACCGAUUUAAUCGCGUCGUCUUCGCAAAGGUUUGCAAAUCGUAAUGACAGCCAUAAUAAAUCGUAUUCAUUUUCCAAAAAUGAAAUUCCUUCGUGUGUCGUAACGCCAUCUUCGAAUUUCUCAUUGCCCAACGAUGAGGUGGUUCGCAACUCUGAAACAAUUACCAGUAACCAAGACAAAUGCGAUUCUUCUUUAUCCGGUCAGAAUAAAUGUAACGAAGUUGUUAGUUCCAAUGAUGAAGAUAUAGGUAUUGAAAACCCAGACGAUCAAGAAAAUCCACCACAAAUUGGUACUACGAGUACAUCAAUCGAGUUUACUAGUUCUGACGACACCGCCGAAGAAAUCUUACGUCAUCAAAUCAGCUCCGAUUCUUCUCCGUUGAGUAAUAAUGAAUACGGUGAUGUCGAGAAUUCUAAUGAAGAUUUAGCCAUUCAAAACUCAGACAAUCUACAAAAUCCGUCAGAAAUCAGUAGUUUUAAUGAAGUGACAGAAAAUGAUGCGGAUGUCGAAAUGGCAGAAGAAGAUUUAGUCACUGAAUCCGGCAAAAAUUCAAACUAUUAUUGUAACGAGAUCAAUGAGAUGUCUUGUGUAGAAAUCCCCAAUUGGCGUUAUAAUCUAAGAGAACGAAAAUUUAUAAAGAACGAUAAGUAUUCAAGUGAAGAUGAAUAUUUCCCCUCAAAUUAUUCAAAUAAAAAAACAAAUUCAUCAACGUCUUCUGAAUGCAAAAAAGGAGAACAAUGUAUGAAAAAUGAAAACUAUUUGAGUGUCCAUGGAAGUAUCGAUCCUUUUCAUCCUAUAGAUUCAUGUUCUGCAAGUGAAGGACCAUCACCCGUGCCACUUUUGAAUUCACGGAUGUGCAUUCCUGAUAAAACCAUUUCUAAACAAUAUAGAAAGAAAUGUUUGAUAUGCGCGAAACAAAAUCCAAAUGAUUCAAAUCCGCAAUUCUUUUCUUAUCGUGAACUCGAUCAGCACUUAUUGGAAAAUCAUCCCAACCCGUUUCCGGUCUAUACACGUUGUCCCUAUGAAGAAAAAAACUGUAUAAGACAUUUUAGAUCCAGGACUAACUUACGCACACAUAUAUUACUGCAUCAAAAAGGAACAUCGCUUCAUUCACAAAAAAACGUCGUUCAGCAACAAAAGUAGGUGCUUGUAUUAUUAUUAUAGGCACCGAGGUACUUUGAACUGCAUCAUACGAUUUCGCUCGUACAGUAGAUAUAUGUAUAUUGUUAUAAAUUAUUGGUUUUUUUGUUUGGUAGAUCUUCCCAGUUGACCAAAUGCUAGCAAAUUUUGUGCUAGCGUAAAUGGUGCCGGAAUUUGAGACACUUUUUUUAAAAAAUGCUAGCAAAUCAGUUGCGAUUAGGUCGCAUUAGAGUAGCAGAAUUGCGCACAAAUAGCUAGCACGUAGCUGGCACAAAGCUAGCAAAAAGCUAGCAUUUUGUUGGCACUUUGCUCUGCAUUCUGCUACGUACAUGCGACUAAAUCGCGACUGAUUUGCUAGCAAUUUUUACAAAAAGUGUCUCAUAUUCCGGCACCAUUUACGCUAGCGCAAAUUAUGCUAGCAAGAAGCUAGCAUUUUGCUAGCGUAGAAAAACUUUGAUCAGUAAAGUAAUUACUAUUAAUUAAUUUUUAAAAAUUCUGGGUGUUUACCUUUAACAGGUGGUAGUUCUCCAGGAAAUUCCAAAAAUUAGGCGACUGUCCCAGCUUAGAGGUAGCAUAACGCUAGCAUCUUGGGAUAGUAUAAGAAGAGUGAUGUCACUCUUCUUACUUUUCAACAAGAUACCACCUUGAGCUUAUAUUCAACUUGAUGACACACUUUAUCUAAGAGUAGCAAACUAUACCAUGAGAGAGAUCGACGCUAGCAAUUCGCUAGCAUUAUGCUAGCGCUUAGGUUGAAAAAUCACUUUAUUAAAUAAAAAAUGAAGUUUUUUUUUUUAAAUAGAAAAUUUGUCAAAAUUUAAAAUUUGAAAAUGAAGUAUCAAACAAACCAUGAAAAUGAAAAAUUUCAAAAACAUUUGAACAACAUUUUAGUCCACGGAAAUGGGGGUAAUUGCACCCCCUGCCGAUCCUCCGGGACAACGUUUUCCUUAAAGGGGACAUCCUAAGGAACAUUUUAAAGCAAACUUGCUGAAAAAAUUGGCAUUACUUACAAAAUGGCGGCAAUUUUGAUUGAAAGGUCAGCCGAAAUCGCAGAUUUUGCGUUUCAACAUAGGACGUGCACAAAAUUUUUCAAACCUUACAAACGUAGAUCGAAAGAUCAUGCAAAAAUUCAUCACCUGUCAAAAUUUUUUUUUUUUUUUUUUUUGACAUUUUUUUAUACUGGGCGUGUAUAAUUGCCAGGAUUUUUACGCCCAGUUUUGAGGGGUUUGUCUAGAUUUGGUUUGAAAGAUUGAUUUCUUUGAUGUAUUCAAGUGCUAAAGUAAGUACCUUUUUCGAUAUUUGGUGAAUUUUCAAAAAUCAAAUUUUGGCCAAAAUGUGAGAAAAAAUCAAAAUUUUACCAAAUUGACCAAGAAACCUGACAUUUGGGAUAUACCCUAUUUUCGACAUGCCAAAUCGAUGGGAAACGGUUUCAACUUGUUUUGAGCAGUUCUGGAGCCUCCAGCAGAUUUUUGAAACUCAAAUUGAAGUUGUAAAGCUCAAAUUUAUUCUGAAAACUAAUUUCAAUACGCUACGAAGUACUGCAGGUGAAUUUCAAGUCGUUUUGGAGCCUCCAGCGACUCUUUGGAAAUUCCUGAAGCCUCCAGCAGAUUUUUAAAACUUUAAAUUUUCACAAAAUUUCAUCAAACUGAGAUGGAGAGUCGAAAUUCAUUCUGCAAACUAAUUUUAAUACGCUACGAAGUCAACUGCUUGUGGAUUUCAAGUCGUUUUGGAGCCUCCAGCGAAUUUUCGAAGGUUGUAUGGCGUUUUUUGGAAAAUUGGAAUUUCCUAAAAGUAGCUGGAAGCUUCAAAACCAUUUGAAACCUGCGAAGUAAAUUUCAGCUUGUCAACUCCAAUUGAUUAAUUAAUGUUGUGGGAAUUUCAAGUUUCAAAAGCCUACUGGAGGCUCUAAAAUGACUUGAACCCACCUGAAGUCGUCUUCAGAGGGUGUUAAAAUUGGAGUGUAGAGUAAACUACAGCUUUCUAUAUCUAUGUCCAUUUGAUGAAAUUUUGUUGUCCCCUUUAAGAAAAAAGUUACCCCGGAAGAUCGGCGGGGGGGGGUGCAAUUACUCCUAUUGUCAUAUGCAGGAAUAUUUUUAAUGAUUUUUGUAUGCGCGCUGAGGGAUGGAAAAGAUACUUGCUCGCAUUUUGCUACAAUAAAUAACGCAGAAAAAGGUUUAUUGGUGAGAAAUGCGUAAGAUCUGGUAGCACGUUCCUAUCAUUUGACUACAAAGAAAACGCCAAGUCACCAGAUGCAGAAACUAGAGAUAUGCUUACAUUUUUCUAGAGCCAGAUGGCUAAGUAAAUGCUAGCUCAGAGAUGCAAGAAUAUUACCUGAAGUUUCCUAUCAUAAAACUGUGAGCAGGUACAUAUUAGUCAGUGAUACGCUGGCAUUAAGCGAGCAGGUAUAGAGUGAGGAAAAAGCUAGCUGAGAUAUGCGAGAAUAUUGCUUGAACUUUCUUGGCAUAGAAUUGCAAGCAAGUAUCCAUCAGUGAUACGCUAGCAUCAGGCGAGCAUGUAUGAAGUGAAGUAAAAGCUAGCUGAGAUAUGCGAGAAUAUUGCUUGAACUGUCCUAGCAUAGAAUUGCGAGCAAGUAUCCGCCAGUAAUACGCUAGCAUAAGGCGAGCAAGUUAAAGUGAAGUAAAAGCUAGCUGAGAGUCGCUGGAAAACAGCUCGAAAAUUGCUAGAAUUGAAUUUGCUAGCGAAAAACUGCAAGAAAAUCGCUUACUUUUAGCGAGAUAAUUAUUGCUGGCCACAAAAAGCGAGUAAAUUGCUAGCAACUUAUCAAAACGCGAAUAAAACGCUAGCUUUUUGCUAGCAUGUGGUCAACUGGGUUGGCUUUGCACUUUCUGUGGUGAAAUGUUCGCACUUUCAGUAGAUCUGAAAAAUCACGUAAAACGAGAACACUCCGCGUUUGCGAAAGCUUCGAUGACUUGCGAAUAUUGCAAAUACGUUACGAAAUCGUCAAAAAAAAUGAAGACCCAUAAGUUGAAAUAUCAUACUAAGCUUACGUGUGAAUUUGGAAUUGGACACCCUGCUAAAAACAUAAAUCAGGAAGAUGCGAAUGAGAAAAGUGAUGAGAAAGGGGAGAUCUCUUCGUCACAUAUGGUUUCAUCGUCGAAUAAUCGAAAGAAAAUAUCAUGCAUUUACAAUGUUGCAGGGAAUGUGUAAUAUGCAGGAGAAAUAACCCGGACGGAAUGAAGUUUCAGUCCAGCAGAGACCUCGAUUCUCAUAUUUCGAAAUACCAUCCUAAUCCAUUUCCGGACUAUUAUCCUUGUCCUCGUCGAUCCGAUUGCUGUAAUCGACAUUUCACCAGCAUUAGAAGCCUUUCGAAUCAUUUGAGAGGAUGUCCUCCAAAAAUUAAGGCCCAUCGCUAGAUUGUAGGUAUAUUUUCUCUACUUAAUUGAAAAGCAAAAACGUUUUUUCUACGUGUAGUUUUAAAACGUGAUAAAUAUUUCCUUGCUUCGGAGUUUGUUUUGGUUUAAUUUUUAAAUGAUGUGCUCUAAAAGGUACUUAACAUUGUGUACCUAUUUGUAUGUUUUGAAUUUUUGAAUAAAUAUUUCAGGGGUUGUUUGGUAA